ACCGCCGCCGCCAAAAACAAAUUGUUUUGCUUCGGAGUCUGGAUAGAAAUGUUUAUUUACUCUUAACAGAAUUAAAAAACUAAAAAACGACAAAGUUUUGCCAAUUUGGGCCAAUUUCAAUUGCACAAAAUGGCCAGUGUGGUGGACGACGAGAACAAUAUUUCGAUAUGUCGUGUUUGCAUGCAUGCAGAUCCCAAUUUGUAUCCUAUAUUUGAAGUACAAACGGGCUUCGAAAAUUCUGUAGCUGAUAUUCUGACUGAAUGUACAAAAUACCCGGUGGAACGCAAUGACAAACUACCCACAAAUAUUUGCCUUAACUGUAGGGAAUUGGCCCGAAACGCCCAUAAUUUUAAACGCCAAACCGAGGAGGCAUACUGCAGACUAAAAUCAGUGUAUGAUAUAAACUGGGCGUCUCAACAGAAGGAUGAGAACAAAGGUGCGCCCACAACAGUCGACACCACCAUCGGCGGCAAUAGCAUAGCCCAUAAGUAUACACAAACGGAUAAAAGUACGGUGUUCCAGUGUGAGUCCUGCCCAUUGAAAUUUUUUGCCGAAAAUGAAUUGCGCCAACAUCGGGCCGCCAGCCACAUAUACGAUGGGAAAAAGUGCCGUGUCUGUGGGGGGAAGUUCAAUCAUUUGGGUCAACUGAAAGUCCAUUUGUCGACGGCACACCCCGACGAGGGAAUACGUUGUGAUUUUAAAUGCUAUAUUUGUGCAAGGGAAUUUACGCGCAAGGAUCAUCUUAAACGACAUUUGAUUAAGGUGCAUAAAAUUAAGGAUGAGAAAUUGAAUAUUUCAAAGGUAUCACUGGAUGAACCUGAAAUACAAAUCAACACUUCAGACAAUCAGGCAACGACCCUCAACAACUACAGUAGUCACUGGCCAGAUUAUUGUAACGAAGAUGAUGACGUUGAAGGGGGAACAACAAGUCAAAAUGAAACAACUGAAGCAGCCAUUAAUCCAUUCUCAAGUGAUGAUGAGGGACAAGACCAGAACAGUUUCAAUGACAUGAACGACGAAGAUGUUAAACAUUUUGUGGAAAAUUUCCCUCAACCUGAAGUUUCUAUUAAAGUUGAAAAUUCGGACGAGAAUGAUGGUAUUAAAACGGAAAAGCUGGCUAAAUUGAAUGAAGAUGGUUCAUUGGAAGAUACUAAGCCCACUGUUCAUACCACGGCCUCCCAGAAAUCCGAAUUGCCUCCAGAGAAACUGGAGCCUGGCCACAUUGAAGAUGAACCAUUUCACUAUUUUGGUGAUGAUCAUCAUAGUGAUGAAAAUAGCAGCGAUAAUGAUUCCAAACCUGACGACGAAGAUGAUGAUGAUGGGGAAGAAGAAGAAAAUGACGAUGAUGAUGAGGAAGAAGACGAUGAUGACAAUGAUGAUGAUGAUGAUGAUGAUGAAGAGCAUGAUGACGAACAUGUCACAAAAAAAGAAAAGUAUAAAAACAAUAAAAAAUCUUCGAAAGAAAAUAAGGCAUCUUCUUCAACUGCGAUCAAAUCCAGAAAGCCACGUCGCCGUCAUGUUUCCACAAAUCCCGAAGAUAAUCGUUGUAAGGAGUGCAAUCGUACAUUCACCCGCUACAAUCAUUUGCUACGACACAUGCUGUCCCAUAGUAAUGAAAAACCUCAUAUUUGUAAAUUCUGUAGCAAAGGUUUCACCCGAUCAGAUCAUCUUCAAAAACACAUACAAAGUAUACACGCCGAAAAGAAUUUCAAAUGUGAUCGCUGCGACAAUGCCUAUGGACGUAAAGAUCAUUUACUGCGGCACAUUGAGACACGACACAAUAAAAAUCCUUCGGCACCCAAACCCCAAUAUGAAUGCGACAUGUGUGAAAAGAAGUUUACAACAAAGACAUAUUUGGUAAAACAUAAGUUGUUGCACACCGACAGGCUGUAUGCCUGUAAACAUUGUCCGGAAACGUUUAGCGAAAAGGAACAAAUGAAGGAGCACCAGAAAAAGGAGCACACACAACCAAGGAAUUUCCUGUGUAGCAUAUGUGGAGACUCUUUUCAGCGUAAUGAAUACCUGAAAAUUCACAUGAGGCGUCAUACAGGAGAAAAACCAUACAAAUGCCGAUUUUGUGAAAAGGGUUUUCCACGUAGUACUGAUUUGAAAAUGCACGAAAGAUAUCACAUUGGUCUGAAACCAAAUCUAUGUAAUUUAUGUGGCAAAGGUUUCCAUCGUCCCUACAAUCUGACCAUACACAUGCGAACUCAUACCGGUGAAAAGCCUUAUAAAUGUAAUCAAUGCCCCCAAGCCUUUGCACAAAGUAAUGAUUUGAAGGCCCACAUUCGCAGACACACUGGCGAACGUUUUCGCUGUGAUAUAUGUAGUGCUGCUUUUCUUCAACGAUACGGCCUUAAUGCUCAUUUGAGAACGGUUCACGGGAUUGUUGUAACUUCGUUUACGGGACGUUUGCGUAAAGCUGAACCAGGUGAAGUUUCGACCGGUACUGGUGGUCCGAACGAUGAAAUGUUAUCGGCAGAUGAACAAAUGCAAGGAACUGAGUCGUUGCCAACAAUAACGACAACAACAACACCAGCUGUAUCAACAAUACAGCACAAUGUUGAUAAUUCAUCCACGCCACCAUUAUAUUUGGGCCAUCACCUCUUAAAUCCAAUGGCUUCUGUUGGUUUGGCAGUCGCCCAUGCGGCAGCAACAUCGAUGGAUGCAACAAUUUUGCCACCACCACAUCCACCUCCCCCCACACAAUUGUAAUAUAACUAAUUUGUAAUUAUAUAAGUUUUAGUUUUUAGUCUAGUUGUAGAAAACUUUUAAUUUAUAAAAAAAAAAAAUUUUAUGCAAUAAACCAAUUUGUGGGAAAUGUUCACAAAAGAAA